CCAUUUAAGGCGCAUGAGAGCGGUGGGUGGAGGCAGAGAGACAGUAAGCUGUAAGACAAGGCAGGAGUCGGCGUGCAGCUGAGAGCCACCGCGAGGGAACCAUGAGGGAGAUCGUGCACCUGCAGGCCGGCCAGUGCGGCAACCAGAUUGGAGCCAAGUUCUGGGAAGUCAUCAGUGAUGAACAUGGAAUAGACCCCACUGGCACCUACCAUGGAGACAGUGACUUGCAGCUGGAGAGGAUCAAUGUCUACUACAACGAGGCCUCAGGUGGCAAAUAUGUGCCCAGGGCUGUCUUGGUUGACCUGGAACCUGGCACCAUGGACUCUGUCAGGUCCGGACCUUUUGGGCAGAUAUUCAGGCCUGACAACUUUGUAUUUGGUCAAAGUGGUGCCGGGAACAACUGGGCGAAAGGACACUACACAGAAGGAGCUGAGCUGGUGGACUCAGUCCUAGAUGUGGUUAGGAAGGAAGCCGAGAGCUGUGACUGUCUUCAGGGUUUUCAGCUCACCCACUCUCUAGGUGGGGGCACUGGAUCAGGGAUGGGCACCCUUCUGAUCAGCAAGAUCCGUGAGGAGUACCCCGACCGCAUCAUGAACACCUUCAGUGUGGUACCAUCUCCAAAGGUUUCAGACACAGUGGUAGAGCCCUACAACGCCACUCUUUCGGUGCAUCAGUUAGUGGAGAACACAGAUGAGACGUACUGCAUUGACAAUGAGGCUUUGUAUGACAUCUGCUUCCGUACCCUCAAGCUCACAACACCCACCUAUGGAGACCUCAACCACCUAGUCUCUGCUACCAUGAGUGGUGUGACUACCUGCCUCCGUUUCCCUGGCCAGCUCAAUGCUGACCUUCGCAAGCUGGCAGUCAACAUGGUGCCCUUCCCUCGCCUCCACUUCUUCAUGCCUGGCUUUGCCCCUCUGACCAGCCGUGGCAGCCAGCAGUACCGGGCAUUGACCGUGCCAGAGCUGACACAGCAGAUGUUUGACGCUAAGAACAUGAUGGCCGCCUGUGACCCCCGGCAUGGGCGUUACCUGACUGUAGCAGCAGUCUUCCGUGGCAGGAUGUCCAUGAAGGAAGUGGACGAGCAGAUGCUGAACGUGCAGAAUAAGAACAGCAGCUACUUUGUGGAAUGGAUCCCCAACAAUGUGAAGACGGCUGUGUGUGACAUCCCACCCCGUGGGCUCAAAAUGGCAGCCACCUUCAUUGGCAACAGCACAGCCAUCCAAGAGCUCUUCAAGCGCAUCUCUGAGCAGUUCACAGCCAUGUUCCGCCGCAAGGCCUUCCUCCACUGGUAUACAGGUGAGGGCAUGGAUGAGAUGGAGUUCACAGAGGCAGAGAGCAAUAUGAACGACCUGGUAUCGGAAUACCAGCAAUACCAGGAUGCUACAGCAGAAGAGGGGGAGUUUGAAGAGGAGGCAGAGGAAGAAGUCGCAUGAAGAUCUCCUUUCCCAUCCACCCUCCCAUGACUCCUUUUUAUUCCCACCCGUCUUCUGAACCAAUGGACCAUAUUGCCUGCGCUGGCAUAGACUUGAACAUUCUAGGCCAACCUCAAGGAGUUAAGAGCUGUGUAAGUCCUUCCCCCUCCAAAACAUCACGGUAUGGAAUGAUAUAUCCUGGACUUGUGGGGGUAGCAGGCUUCAAAACCGUGUUCAGGAAUGGCAGCGAGUGGUAAUAUGUCUAAAGCACUAUCAAUGUAUUUUUCUCAUCCGCCCCUUUCUCCUCUGCCCACUCUCCAAUGCACCUUCCCUGCAGUGGUGUCUGUCCUUAGCGUUCUGUAUGGUCAUGUGAGUUUUUGUUUUCAGAGAGGAGUAUGCACUAACUCGUCACUUGCAUUGUUUUGGAUUCUUUUUUCCAUGCCGGGCUUAAAGAAAAGAUUAAUGGAACUCAGGGGGGUGGGGUUGAGGGGGGAUGGGGCUCUGUCCUUUAGGGUGAAAUGUAGUCCCCCCCCCUUUGAGUGUGUUGCUGUCAAAGCAGUUGUAUGUCUCCACAAUAAACUACUGAAUAAUGAUACAA